AUGGCUGCAGGAACCUGCACCUGCCCUGAAGCGUGGCAGUCCAAAGACUUUUCCAAUGGAAGUGUAAAAGCUUUUGCAAGUUUUUUGGACAUGAAGGCAUUCAAGGUUCUGUUUGCACUUCUCCUGACUGCAGCAACAAUUGACGGUCAGUCUUUUCAUGUUGGCAAGUGCCCCAAGCCAUCUGUUCAAGAAGACUUCAACGUUACAAAGUAUAUGGGUACCUGGUACGAAAUUGAGAAGCUUCCAGCUGUGUUUGAAAGAGGAACAUGCAACCAAGCUACAUACAGUCUUCAGUCCGAUGGAACAGUCAAAGUUCACAAUGCGGAGCUCCUGUCUGAUGGGACGAUAAACUCAAUUGAGGGAGUUGCCAAAGUUAAAGAACCAUCUCAACCUGCUGUUCUAAGUGUCAACUUCUUUAAAGGUGUUGCAGAUGGUCCCUACUGGGUGCUCUCCACAGAUUACCAGUCCUAUUCUUUGGUGUACUCUUGUUCUGACUUCUUUGGAGUUUUUAACAUUGACUUUGCCUGGAUCCUGGCUCGCACUCGUACGCUGACUGAGGAUGUCAUCAAACAGUUACAUGAGAAGCUGACUGCUGCGGGUGUCAAUGUAAAUCGCCUUGAAGUCUCCAACCAGACUGCUUGUGAUGUUAUGGUUAUGACCUGA